UCACACUGCAGAUGAGACAGCUGCAAGCCUGCAAGCUCACUCUGGAAUCUGGGAUUGCACUGGACCUGCAUCCUCAGGACAAGAUUCCACCAAGCUGAAGCCAUGAGGAUCCAUAGCCUCACCCUGCUGCCCUUCCUCCUUCUGCCCGCUCAGGUGCUCUUGGUGGUGGGCGCACCGAAAUCACGGGAGGGGCAAAGCAGUAUGGCAACCAAAGAUCAUUGGAUCCCUCUGGGCAAGCCCCAAAUUGUACAGAAAGACAGGGAACACAAGCCCCUGGUCAAUGGUGUCAUUGUCACCCCAGACCUGGCCUCAUGUACUGUGACUCUGAUGGAGCAUGAGGAGGGCACCGCCAUGAAGGCUGUGUGCUCCCGAAUGGACCAUGACUUUUCCUGUGUCUUUACCAGCAACCCAACUUCCUGCAUAGAGGGUUGUAAAAGUGAUAUGAUCUACUGGACACAAAUUGCCCAUCACUUAAGCUGCCAGAGGAACCUCUGUGAGGAUGCACAUGUGGUUCUAAGGAGCAGAGUCUGCAGUAGGAGGUUUCCAGAAUCCAAUUUCAAGCUGGUGUACUCCACUCUGAUCAGCCAUCUCAACCAGUGCGAUGAGGACAUCACCCCCUGGUGGCAUAUCAUAAUCCACGAGGCCCCUCCCACGAGUACUACAGAAGUCAUACCAUUCUUUCCAGUGCAGGGCAUCCAGACCGUAGCACCUGUCCCUACAGAGGUGAUCCAAGUCACAAAGACCACCCCUACAGUGCCCAUUGUGAUUGAACAGACCACGCCAACUGAGGAGGUAAACGUGGAAGAGACCACCACUACCCAGCAGCCCAAGACUGAACAGACCACAGUCACAGUGCCCAUCGUGAUUGAACAGACCACCCCUACUGAGGAGGUGAAAGUGGAAGAGAUCACCACUACACAGCAGCCCAAGAUUGAACAGACCACAGCCACAGUGCCCAUUGUGAUUGAACAGACCACGCCCACUGAGCAGGUGAAAGUUGAAGAGAUCACCACUACACAGCAGCCCAAGAUUGAACAGACCACAGCCACAGUGCCCAUCGUGAUUGAACAGACCACGCCCACUGAACAGAUAAAACUGGAAGAGAUCACCACUACCCAGCAGCCCCAGGUUGAAGAGACCACCCCCACGGAGUCAUUCUACAAUGAGGUUACCACCCCCAAACCCAACUGUAAGGAUGACUCAGGCAUCAAAAUCAAGCAGACGAUAAUCUACCAGUCAUCUCAACAUAUAGGUCAGAAGAAAGUCUAACAGAGUUCCCUGAGUGACUCUGAUGAUGUAGGGAGCGCCUUCUGAAAAACCUUUGGCGCUGUAAUACAGGAUGAACAACUUAAUGAGGCAAAUGCAAAUGGAGUCAGUUAGGAGAUGUCAUGCCAUUAGUUCCUCUGUGGGACUGAGCCGUAAAGCUCUCCAGCUUCUCCAUGAAAUACGUAGGAAAUUUUGUGCUGUGGGAAUGCAGUGGAUUGUUAAACAAGCUUUGUAAUUCUUUGUUAGUGUUUGGAAAUUCCUAUGUAUUCACUUCCUUGAAUGUGAUUUUCAGAGACUGUUUACCUCAGCAUAUGUUUUCAUGGCCCACAAUGCUGUGUGUACAUAAGCAUUGAGGACCAGUCUUUGAGCUGAACAAGCCAGAGUAAUGAUUUCAGUGCGAUGCAUUUUUUCUCAAAUUAAUAGACAAUAAAGCUUUUCUUCAAAAAUA